UGCUGCCAUCAUGUUUCUCUACCAGCUGCUCAACUUUUUCUUUGCAGCCUCGAACAAAGAGGAGGACUCCAAGUAUGAGCUGUCUCAGUACAAGCGAGGUGAUCUGUUGGAGGUGCCCAGGACUUUGUUCACACACUUUGGUAUUUACCUGGGCAACAACCGGGUGGCUCAUCUCAUUCCAGACAUCCUACCUGCAGUUACCAAAGAUAAAUCAGCCAUUGCCAAGAUGGUGACAAAUCACCGCUUGCUGCUGGGGGUCAUCACCAAGGUGGCCAGUGUGAGAGUGGACUCGGUGGCAGAUUUUGCUUAUGGUUCAAAAAUUCUCAUCAACCACAUGGAUAAAGUGUGCAGACAGCCUCCGCUGGAUGAAGAAGAGGUGGCACGGAGGGCCGAGAAGCUCCUGGGUUCUGUCUGCUAUAGCUUACUGUGGUACAACUGUGAACACUACGUCAUGUACUGCAGAUAUGGAAUCGCCAUAAGCUACCAGACAUACCAGUUCUGCACCACUGUCCGAAAGAUUGUGUUCAGCAAGAUGAGCACCUAUUUGACUGCUGCGUGUGGAGUGAGCUCCAUGUUGUAUCUGGACUGCAUGACGCCGCUGACGCUUCUGCUCAACCUGCUCAUCUCCUUCACCAUCUGGAUGGCAUCAUAACCAAAUAAUAGGAAGUGCUGUUGUUUUGCAACAUUUAAAGGCAAUUUUGAAUCAGAAAUGUCAUAA